UUCAUUGAUAACAAUGAAUCUGUUCAACCAAACGAAGUCAACUAUCCAACAAAAAUAAAUAAAUUAAAGAAGAAAAGAUAAUUGGCAGCAUGUGAUGUGCUUUGGAGCAUUGAAUCUGUCCAAUCUGACUAAAAAAAGUCAAAAGAGCCUCUUUCUCUCCUAGACCAACUGGAAGUUCCCUUGUCUCUAACACGAAGCUAGCCUCUCUCCACCUUCCUGUUUUUUUUGUUGGUUGUUUUGGUGUUUCUUCGUUUAAAGAAAAACGAAAAAGAAGUUGUCAGUAACUCAUCAAUGAAUUUCUUGGAGGAGGAAAGAAUGGAGAGGUGGGACCGGUCCCGAAGGGAGCUGCUCGAUGGAAGCGCCUCCGCAUCUGCUCCUACAGCUCGCAGAUGGAAAUAUGAUGUGUUUUUAAGUUUCAGGGGUGAAGACACCCGAAAGGGUUUCACAGACCAUCUCUAUGAUAAAUUACAGUGGCGUGCAAUCAAAACUUUCAAGGACGACCAAGGACUUGAAAGAGGGACAUUUAUCUCUCCUGAGCUUCAUAGUGCAAUCAGAGAAUCUCAGUUUGCUAUUGUUGUUCUUUCGCCAAACUAUGCCUCUUCAACUUGGUGCUUAAGUGAACUCGCAAUGAUUUUCCAAUGCAUGACAAAGAGGGGGACAAUUCUGCCAAUCUUUUACAAUGUUGAUCCCUCUGACGUACGACAUCAAAGGGGGACUUUUGCUGAAGCUUUCACAAAGCAUGAAAAAGAGCAUAAGGAAAACAUGCGGCUGGUGGAUCGGUGGAGAGCUUCUUUAACGAACGUGAGUAAUCUCGCAGGGUGGACUUCAAACGAUCGGUAUGAAACAGAGCUUAUUAAAGAGGUAGUCGAAGCCAUAUGGAAAAAGGUGCAUCCUACAUACACACUCUCAGGUUCAACAGAGAACUUAGUCGGAAUUGAUUUUAGAUUGAAAUAUAUAGAUAUGCUUUUAUUUGUUCGUGCAAAUGAUGUUCGCUUUAUAGGGAUAUGGGGGAUGGGCGGGAUGGGUAAGACAACCCUUGCUAGACUAGUUUAUGAGAGAAUUUCGCAUGAGUUUUGUUUGUACCAUACUUGACCAAUCCCGAAACUACCGAGCACCGGCCAACGCUAUACUGUCAA